UUUCAAAAAAACAUAAACUUUCAGCUUUCGCUUUACACAUAUUAAGCAUAAAUACCAUGUGACUUGACCAACGUUGUAGCCAAAUUACCAUAGCAAUUAUCUAAAUAGAGAACAUCUAACAGUAUAAACUCUAUAAAGCAUUAACCAACAAUUUCAUACUCAACCCUCAAUUUUAUUCAGCUCAUCCCUUACAAUGUCAGAAAUUGAUCCUGCAUUCAUUCAACCCAUUGAACAUAGGCCUAAACCCUUUACAAUUGAAGCUGAAGGAAUCCCAAUCAUUGAUCUUUCUUCCAUUACCUCAACCAAUCACUACGAAAAUGAACGUGGUGAUAUUAACAACAUUGGAGUUCUUAUAGCUGAGAUAGGCAAUGCCUGUGAGAAAUGGGGAUUCUUCCAAGUGAUCAACCAUGGUGUGCCACAAGAGAAGCUUGAGAGACUUGAGGUCACAGGUAGGAAAUUCUUCGCCUUACCUCAAGAGGAAAAGAGGAAGGUGGGUCGAGGUGAGGCCAACCCAAUCGGAUACUAUGAUUCCGAGCAUACCAGAAAUGUUAAAGACUGGAAACAUGUCUUCGAUUUUACUGCUAAAGACCACUCCUAUAUUCCAGUUGAUCCUGAUGAUCUUAAACCCAAGCAGCUCAUUAACUGCUGGCCACAAUCUCCUCCUGAGUUCAAGGAGGAUGCCCAAGAGUAUGCAAGGGAAUUGGAAAAACUCGCGUUUAAGCUGCUGGAGCUGAUAGCCUUAAGCUUAGGCCUUGCAGCAGAUAGGCUGAACGGCUAUUUCAAGGAUCAUGCAAGCAUCGUGCGACUUAAUUACUACCCGUCCUGCCCUUCUCCUCAACUGGUUCUUGGCCUUAAUCGACAUAAAGAUGCAGGCGCCUUGACAAUUCUGGCACAAGAUGACGUUGGUGGUUUACAAGUCCGACGGAAAUCAGAUGGUGAAUGGGUCAGUGUUAGACCCAACCCUGGUGCUUUUAUCGUUAAUGUGGGUGACAUUGUCCAGGUUUGGAGCAAUGAUAAAUAUGAGAGUGUGGAGCAUAGGGUGAUGGUAAACUCAGAGAAGGAGAGGCUAUCUAUUCCAUUCUUCUUCUACCCAGCACAUUACAUCAUGGUCAAGCCUUUGGAAGAGACAAUUGACGACGAAAACCCCCCCAAGUAUAAUGAAUAUAAUUGGGGAGUUUAUUUUGCAACCAAAAGGAAAAAUAAUUUCAAGAAGCUACCAGUUGAGAACAUCCAGGUCGCUCACUUCAAAAUAGUCUAAGGUCUAACAGUGAUAGUUAAACCUGGAUGGAAGCAGAAUUACAGUUUACAGUAAAUCAUACCAAAAAUAUCUGUAAAAUCAGGUAGAAUUAUCCUCUAGCCUUCGAGAUAUCUAAUGCUGUAUUAGAGCAUAAUGUAGUCAGCUAAGAGCUAAUAAAGUGUUCAAGAAUCAUUUUGAGUUAUACUUUAGAAUAUGUAUUCUAUCUAUAUGUUAGGGUCAAGUGACCCUUUUAACUAUCUCUUUACUUACCUCUCUACUCUAGCUUUGGGUCAUGGACAAAUGUACCUAUCAUAUCAAAGACAAAGUCUGAUGAAAGAUGAUCUUACAAGAAUAUUGCAAGACAAAGUGACUCUUCCUGUUUUAGUGGUGAAUCAUUACAUUUGGAGGGUAUAAAUUAGAAGUUUCAGAACAAAAGUCCUCAACUUUCAACUAAACUACUAAUACCUCCGUCCAAAAUUAGCUGUCACGUUCUUGAAUAAAUUUCAUAAUUAAGCAAUUAUAUUAAGUAUUGCGUUUGACAUGAAUAAUGAGGUUUUGUCAAUACUGCUU